AUCGGGCGACUCGACUCGACGAAGAUAGUCACGUUGAGAAAUGUAAACAGUAUACCGUGAGUUUGUAAGUAAACAUGUUCUGCUACAGAAUCCAUUUGAGGCUGUUCGCAACUGUAGUUGAAGAAUGUCGAAAUUGUAGAGCUAUUAUUUCGGUAGGAAAUUUAGGAAAAAAUAAUGUGUUCAAGUGUGCCUUUCCAUCACAAAGUUUGACUGCUAGACAUUUACCUGAACUGUAUUCAGCUGGUUUCUUUCAGAGAGAAACAACACGUAACUAUGCUAAAAAGAAAAAGGGAUCAAAGCAGGAACUCGAGGAGGAAGAAGAAAGCGAUGUGGAAGAUGAAGAAGACUUAGAACUUGAAGAAACUGAUGAUGCUUAUAACUUAGUCUCCAAAACUGUUCCAUCCUUACGUGUGGAUACUGUUUUGAAAGCUGGUCUGGGUAUGUCAAAGAAGCAAAUUGAAAAAGAAUUUUAUGCUAGCAAAAUAUUCCUGAAUGGGGAAAAAGUGUCCAAAAAGGCUACCAAUGUUAGUAUAGGAGAUGAAAUUGAUCUAGUUAAAGGCUAUAAUCCUGAUAACAGUCAGCUCAUUGAUGUUCAUCGAGUUAUAAUUAAAUCAGUUGGAAAAGUCACAGGAACUGGGAAUUAUCCUCUAAAAAUGGAAGCCUACAAGUCAUUGCCUAUUGAAAAUUAUAAAGUACCAUGGACUCCAGAGAAACUUGAAUAAUUUACAAUCUGUUAGGUAAAAGGAGUUUUUUUUUGUUUUUAAUCAUAAGUUCUUACAUUUGUAGAUAAAUUUAAAUCUGUAAUUCCAGAAAUAAAAAUUUAUAAAUAUUUGUGAA